GAUAGAAAUGAUGUACCCUUUGAUGGCAGUGUCAUGGGUUGUUUUUCUUAUGAUAUGGGCAUGGAAGGUCUUGAAUUGGGUGUGGUUGAGACCAAAGUAUUUAGAGAAGGUUUUGAGAGAGCAAGGUUUCAAUGGAAACUCCUAUCGUAUGUUCUUUGGAGAUGAUAGAGAGAGCUCUAUGUUGAUCAAACAAGCUCUGUCCAAGCCCAUCAAUAUCUCUGAUGACAUCGAGCAACGUGCCACACCCCACAUCCUCAAUACCGUGUCCAACUAUGGUAAGAAUUCCUUUAUGUGGGUUGGACGGAUACCACGAUUGCACAUCACAGAACCUGAACUAGUAAGGGAAGUGUUGACCAAGUACUAUAAAUUUCAGAAGAAUUAUAGGGCACUUGAUCCCAUAACCAAGAUACUUCUAACUGGAAUAGGAAGCUUAGAGGGUGACAAAUGGGCUAUGCACAGAAGAAUUAUUAACCCUGCUUUUCGUAUGGAGAAGUUGAAGCUUAUGUUACCUGCAUUUCAUUCAAGUUGUAUUGAGAUAACGAACAAAUGGGAGAAGAUGGUCUCUGCUGGAGCAGGAUCAUGUGAGGUAGAUGUGUGGCCUGAUCUUGAAACUCUAAGUGGCGAUGCGAUUUCGAGGACAUUGUUUGGAAGUAGCUAUGAAGAAGGAAAAGAUGUACUCCACCUUAUGAAAGAAUUAACCGAACUUACAAUUCAGGUUAUACAGUCUGUUUACAUCCCAGGCCGGAGGUUUUUUCCAACUAAGACAAACAGGAGGAUGAAAGAAAUUGACAAAAUAGUGUGCAGAUCGAUAAGUAAUAUCAUCAAUAGAAGACUCAAGACAAUGAAGACAGGAGAAGCUGGUAGUGAUGACUUAUUGGGUAUAUUACUGCAAUCCAGUAUGGAAGAGAUCCGAAAAAAUAGAAACAACCAGAACAGUGGGUUAAGUAUUCAAGAGGUGAUCAAUGAGUGCAAGCUAUUCUACUUUGCUGGGCAAGACACCACCUCUACCUUGCUUGUGUGGACCAUGUUUUUCUUGAGUAGGUAUCCGGAAUGGCAAGAGCGCGCUAGAGAAGAAGUUGUGCAAGUCUUUGGAAAUAAUAAACCGGACUAUGAAGGGAUAAAUAGCCUAAAAGUAGUGACAAUGAUUUUGCUUGAGGUUUUAAGGGUAUACCCACCGGUCCUUGAGCUCACAAAAACAACUCAUGAAGAAACCAAAUUAGGACGAUACACCAUACCAGCUGGUGUGGAGUUGAUGGUACCACAGGUGAUACUUCACCAUGACCGUGAAUUAUGGGGUGAAGAUGCAAAGGAGUUCAAACCGGAGAGGUUUGCUGAAGGAGUGUCGAAGGCAACAAAGAGCCAAGUCUCAUUUUUUCCGUUCAGCUGGGGACCCCGGAUGUGCCCUGGACAAAACUUCGCAAUGUUAGAAGCCAAAGUGGCCAUGGCGCUCAUUCUGCAACGCUUCUCCUUUCAACUUUCACCAUCCUAUGUCCAUGCUCCUUACACUCUCAUAACUAUGCAACCCCAACAUGGUGCUCACAUGAUUUUGCACAAACUAUAGCGUGCGUUCAAAUUCAU